AUGACUGCUGGUCCCUCAGCAGUAGUCCUGCUGAUUUUUGCCUUGACUGCGUUGCCAGUAGGGUCUCUGAAGUUCUUUCACGUGUCUGAUGUCCAUCUUGAUCCAUUCUACAAUAAGGCUGCGGAUGUGAGCAUUUAUUGCCAGGGAUCUGGCUCAACAGCAGAUUAUGAGGCACCUUAUGGUAGGAUCGGUUGUGACUCACCGUUAGCUCUGUGGAAAAUUGCUCUAUUAGGAAUGAAGGAGGAAGGACAAAGUGCUGAGUUUAUGAUGCUCUCUGGAGAUUCGUCUGCCCAUGGUCUAACAGAUGAUCAUGGUUCACCAAAAGUCUUAAAAGCCAUGUCCAUAGUGGCAAGUGAAGCCCACAAAGUGUUUCCAGACAUUCCAAUUUUUCCUGCAAUUGGCAACAAUGACCUCCCUGGACAUUAUAUUCUACCAAACAAUAGCGAUUGAUACAAAACAGUCUUGUCUUACUGGGCCCCACUCAUUUUGUGCUCACAUUGUCCCAGGAGCGUGGAAAAGCCUACAACAAUGGAGGAAUUGGCAAAGACAUUUCUAGAGGGCGGUUACUAUAAAGUCAACAUUGCAGGUGGAAAAAUGAUUUUACUUGUGCUGAAUACCAUGUACUGGAAUAACAACUGGUACACGAAUGAUCUUGUUAAACAAAUUGCUGAAACUCAAAUGCAGUGGUUCAAAGACCAACUUCAACUCGCCAAAGACCAAAAGAAAAGAGUCCUUAUCAUGAGCCACAUUCCACCUGGAGGCGACCCAUAUGAUGGUUCCUACUUCUGGCAUAAAAAAUAUUUAAUACCUUAUGCGAGUCUGACAGCCGGACAAUUCCAUGAUGUAGUGGCAGGCCAGUUCUAUGGUCAUACUCAUAGAAACGACUUCCAUCUUCAAAUAAUGAACACUGCAAGUGAUGAAGCAGAAAAAACUUCCACCAAAUCCUUUGUUCUACAAGUUGCCUCAGUAUCACCUGUCUACUCUAACAAUCCAACAUUCAGAGUGAUGUCUUUGGACACAAGAGAACGUGCUCUUGUUGACUAUGACCAAUAUUAUCUUGACUUGGUUCUUGUGACAGAAUUUGCACAUCCCGUUUGGAAGUUUGAUUCCACAUUUAGCAGAAAGUAUCCAUCAAAACACAAGUUAAUCGAUGCAGACAGAAUCGAUGAGCUGAACCGUAAGCUAAUCAGCCAAACUGAAGGCAGAUAUUGGAAUGAAUACAUGCCUUCAACAACCUCCCACUACCAGCUGGGUUCAUACGAUCGGUUUGCCCUCUAUUGUGUCAUGAGAUAUGUCUCUGAAGAUGAUUUUGAGAAAUGCCAUGAAAAAUUCAAAGUACCUGGUGGCUAGUUAAAUAAUUAUAACAAAAUAUGUUAUGAGGUAUUCAAUAUAACAUCAUAUC